CCACGAAAAUUGAUUAAAUUGUAUUAUAUCGAUGUAUGUCUUAUUUUGCAAUAUCAACUUCAAUAUUACAACGUCAUUAUCGAAGACUUGAAAUCCCGCUUUACUGCUUAGUCGAGUGUUUACUCUGGCAGUGUUUAACUGCACAGUGAUCUUAUAUUUCAACCUACGUAGAUCUAUCAUAAGUAACUCAGUCACUUAUCUCAUGUAACUGUUGGACGUGACUUGCGUAAGACGAAUGUGCAGAUAUAGUAAUGGAUAUUAAGCGAUGGCACUAGUUAUGCACAGUUACUCGAGCCUACAACAUCGCCGGCAUGUGAUCGAAUUCUGCAAAUCUGCGAGUUCUGCGAAUUAAUUUAUCUGUGAAUUGAUCUUAGCAAAAACUCGUAACAACAUUCAUCAUGGAGUAUUGGACGAUAUUAUUAUCCGUCGUAAUAGGAGCUCUCGGCAUUCAUUAUCUUUUCCAACAUUUUAAUUUCUUUGAAAGACACGGUAUCAUCUAUAUGCCGGCAGUUCCGAUAUUAGGCUCCAUGAUACCGCUUUUAUUACGCCAAGUGUCAUUCCAAGACUUACUUCGAAGAGUAUACAAUCUUAACAAAGACGCCAAAUAUGUGGGAUUCUAUGCCACUAUGCAGCCUAUCAUCUUGAUUCGCGAUCCGGAGCUGAUAAAAGAAAUCCUCAUCAAGAAUUUCGACUCAUUUCCAAAUCGUCGUGGUUUCAUCGAGAUCAACGAUCCCCUGUCAGCAAAGAAUUUGUUCUCUCUUCGGGACCAAAAAUGGAGAGACGUGAGAACUUUGUUGAGCCCGGCAUUCACAUCCAGCAAGAUGAAGUCCAUGUUUAUGCUGAUGUCGGAGUGCGCCGUGGAUUUCACCAAUUUUCUGUUGGAAACAACCGCGGAUAAAAGCGACGUAGAUAUGAAGGACGCCUUCGUCAAGUUUACGAAUGACGUCAUCGCAACAUGUGCCUUUGGAAUUAAAAUAGACUCCAUGAGAAAUCCAACGAACAAGUUCCUCAGCUAUGGCAAAUACGUGACUAGCUUCGAAGGGAUUCGAGCCAUUAAGUUUCUCACGUUUAAAUCAUUCCCAAAACUUGCGAACUUCCUCGGUCUGAAGAUGAUAAGUGACAACAUUGUAGACUUUUUUAAAAACACCAUAGAGAGCAUAAUCGCAACUCGCGACGCUGAGAAUAUUACACGUCCAGACAUGAUACAGCUGAUGAUGGAUAUCAGGGGUAAGCGUGAGGGUGAGAGAGAAUUGAGUAUCGAAGACAUGACCGCACAAGCGUUCAUUUUCUUUUUCGGUGGUUUCGAGAGUGUCGCACUCGGGUUGUCUUUCAUAUCUCAUGAGCUCGGGACUGAUCCGAACAUCCAGACGAAGUUGCGGCAAGAAGUCGACCAAGUUCUGGAAAAGUCAAACGGGGAAGUGACUUAUGAAGCUAUUAAUCAACUCAAGUACUUGGAUGCGGUAGUAAGUGAAGCCCUCAGAAAGUAUCCGCCACCUUUUGUGGAAAGAGAAUGCGAAAAGGAUUUUCAAUUGCCUCCUGCGUUACCGGGAGGGCAGACGUUCACAUUGAAGAAAGGUAUGCUUGUCUGGGCCUCGAUUUACGGACUUCAUCAUGAUGAGAAGUAUUACGAUGAACCGGAGGAAUUUCGUCCGGAGCGAUUUUUGGACAGCAAUACCUAUCACAACUCUCCGUGUUAUAUACCGUUUGGGUCAGGGCCGCGUAUAUGUAUAGCUAAUAGGUUCGCCAUACUGGAGAUCAAAGUCUUGCUGUUUCAUCUACUGGCACGAUGCGAGCUGAAACCUUGCGCGAAAACUACGGAUAUGGCAUUUAGCAAAAAAAAUUUGUCGAUGACACCGGACGGCGGAUUCUGGUUGAAUGUUCAAUGUAGGAGCGACAUGCAUCCUGCGAUAGCGGCAACAGCGAUCAAGCGAACUAAAAAUUCUUCCUAGUUAAACCAAAGACGUCAAUUGACGUUGCUGGUAUGUCAUUUGAGGUCAUUAAUGCGGCAUCGAUUGUUAAGAUAUUCUGAAUAUGCUAAUUGCAAAUUAUAUUAAGCUUAGAUCGGAAAGGUGCAAAUCGGAAGAUAUCUCAGAAUAUAGUUUUGUAUGUUCUCUCAUAAGUAUAAAAUAAGUUUUAUUAUCAAUAAUUCUUAUGAACAAUGUAUAUUUUUGAAAAAAUUUACUAAAUACAAUGCACGACGCUGCAUUAAUUAUACAACCGUGAUAUAUUUCUGUAAUUUAUUGCAACAAUACGUACGUUAUAAAAUCCUUUUUCAAUAUACAUCUCUUGAGGGAUGUUAAUGUUCUCGGAUGACGUCAAUGCGAAUGUUUCACGUUUUUCCAAGAAAAUAUUAUCAACCGAUAAUCAAAGAUGAACCAUUUUCUAUUACGUUGUCCACUGCUGCAUAGCAAAUAAACUGUUGAAAUCUUGCAAACAU